AUGGCGGGGAUUCUUGCUCUCUGGCUGCCCGAAACUCGCCGUCGCAAAUUGCCCGAAACUAUUGAAGAUGCCAAAAAUUUGCAAAUUCUGACCAGCGUCUGUCAAGGUCAGGACUAUCCCUGUGAUGACACCAACACCCCUGUCUGCGGGGACGACGGCAACACUUACACCAACGAAUGUUUCCUCUCCUGUGCCGGUGCCACGAAAGUGUCCGACGGAGCAUGUACCAAGGUUUGUGCCUGUCCAUUUCUCCUUUCACCCGUCUGCGGCACUGAUGGCGUGACUUAUGACAACCAAUGCCAGCUGGAGUGUCAAGGUGCCACGAAAGUGUCCGACGGAGCAUGUCCCAAGGUUUGUGCCUGUCCACUCCUCCUUUCACCUGUCUGUGGCAGUGAUGGCGUGACUUACGACAACCAAUGCCAGCUGGAGUGUCAAGGUGCCACGAAAGUGUCCGACGGAGCAUGUCCCAACAAGGUUUGUGCCUGUCCACUCCUCCUUUCACCUGUCUGUGGCAGUGAUGGCGUGACUUACGACAACCAAUGCCAGCUGGAGUGUCAAGGUGCCACGAAAGUGUCCGACGGAGCAUGUACCAAGGUUUGUGCCUGUCCAUUUCUCCUUUCACCCGUCUGCGGUAAUGAUGGCGUGACUUAUGACAACCAAUGCCAGCUGGAGUGUCAAGGUGCCACGAAAGUGUCCGACGGAGCAUGUCCCAAGGUUUGUGCCUGUCCACUCCUCCUUUCACCUGUCUGUGGCAGUGAUGGCGUGACUUACGACAACCAAUGCCAGCUGGAGUGUCAAGGUGCCACGAAAGUGUCCGACGGAGCAUGUACCAAGGUUUGUGCCUGUCCAUUUCUCCUUUCACCCGUCUGCGGUAAUGAUGGCGUGACUUAUGACAACCAAUGCCAGCUGGAGUGUCAAGGGAGUGUCACCUUAGUCCGAAUUGGGUUCUGUCGCGGUUACAGUUUCCAAGACAUCAUCAGGUGGAUUCGUCUCCGCCUUCAGACUUGGAGAAAUAUCCGUCUUGAUUCCGGCAGAAACACCGUACAGAGAAAGUUGUAA